CGGCUUCCUCUUGGCGGCUGGCUCAGGCCACGAGCGGUGUGGGCCUCGCGUGUGUCCCGAACGAACGCCUCGACACCAUGGCUUCCCUGUCCCUGGCGCCCGUGAACAUCUUCAAGGCUGGAGCGGAUGAAGAGAGAGCGGAGACCGCGCGUCUGUCGUCUUUCGUUGGAGCCAUCGCCAUCGGAGACCUGGUGAAGAGCACCUUGGGACCCAAGGGCAUGGAUAAGAUUCUUCUAAGCAGUGGACGGGAAUCCUCUCUUAUGGUAACCAAUGACGGGGCCACUAUUCUGAAAAACAUCGGUGUUGACAACCCAGCUGCUAAAGUCUUAGUUGAUAUGUCAAGGGUUCAAGAUGAUGAAGUUGGUGAUGGUACUACUUCCGUCACUGUUUUGGCAGCAGAAUUGCUCAGGGAAGCAGAAACUUUAAUUGCAAGAAAGAUUCACCCACAGACCAUCAUUGCUGGUUGGAGAGAAGCCACAAAGGCUGCGAGAGAGGCCCUGUUGAACUCUGCAGUAGAUCAUGGUUCUGAUGAAGUUAAAUUCCGUCAAGAUUUGAUGAAUAUUGCAGGAACAACAUUAUCCUCAAAACUUCUUACUCAUCACAAAGAUCACUUCACUAAGCUUGCUGUAGAAGCUGUUCUCAGAUUGAAGGGCUCUGGUAACCUGGAGGCAAUUCACAUCAUCAAGAAGCUUGGAGGGAGUCUGGCUGAUUCGUACUUGGAUGAAGGCUUUCUUUUGGAUAAAAAAAUUGGAGUGAAUCAACCAAAGCGGAUUGAAAAUGCUAAAAUUCUUAUUGCAAAUACUGGAAUGGAUACAGACAAAAUAAAGAUAUUUGGUUCCCGAGUAAGGGUUGAUUCUACAGCAAAGGUUGCAGAAAUAGAGCAUGCCGAAAAGGAAAAAAUGAAGGAGAAAGUUGAACGUAUUCUUAAGCAUGGGAUCAAUUGCUUUAUUAACAGGCAGUUGAUUUAUAAUUAUCCUGAGCAGCUCUUUGGUGCCGCUGGUGUCAUGGCUAUUGAACAUGCAGAUUUUGCUGGGGUGGAACGCCUAGCUCUUGUCACAGGUGGUGAAAUUGCCUCUACCUUUGAUCACCCAGAACUGGUUAAGCUUGGAAGUUGCAAGCUUAUUGAGGAAGUCAUGAUUGGAGAAGAUAAGCUCAUUCACUUUUCUGGAGUUGCCCUUGGUGAGGCUUGCACUAUUGUUUUGCGUGGUGCCACUCAGCAAAUUCUAGAUGAAGCAGAAAGAUCUCUGCAUGAUGCUCUGUGCGUUCUUGCCCAAACUGUAAAGGAUUCUAGAACGGUUUACGGAGGAGGCUGUUCUGAGAUGCUGAUGGCUCAUGCUGUGACACAGCUUGCCAAUAGAACACCAGGCAAAGAAGCUGUUGCAAUGGAGUCCUAUGCUAAAGCGCUGAGGAUGCUGCCAACCAUCAUAGCUGACAAUGCAGGCUAUGACAGCGCAGAUCUGGUUGCACAGCUCCGAGCUGCUCACAGUGAAGGCAAUGUUACUGCUGGACUGGAUAUGAAAGAAGGCACUAUUGGUGAUAUGGCAGUACUUGGUAUAACAGAAAGUUUCCAAGUGAAGCGACAGGUUCUUCUGAGUGCAGCUGAAGCGGCAGAGGUGAUUCUGCGUGUGGACAACAUCAUCAAGGCGGCACCAAGGAAGCGUGUCCCUGAUCACCAUCCCUGCUAAGCAUUCCAUGAUUGUAUGUGAUGGCUCUCUGGACCAGUUCAUAGCUGAGUUGUAUUUGAUAGAUUUCAGCCUCGUGAAGAAGACUGUGGAAUUAAUGUGUAUCUGUGCGCAUUAUAUCCUUUGGUUUGAACAUUUUAGCUGACCUAUUUUAACAUAGGUCUAAUUUAUUUUGUUUCAUUUCUCAUGCAGUACAUUUAAAUAAAAAUUUGCACAGCUUA